CCUCGCGGAGUCGGUCGCUCUCUGGGCAAACGGUCGCUCAGGGCCCAAAGCCGGCGGGGGAGCCACGUCUGGAGAGGGGGAGGCAGCGGGAAAGCGCUGGGGAAAUCCCUAGUCUCCUCCGCUUCGGGACUGCUCCGACGGCCUGAGCUGCUGGUGUAAUUGGGGAGGCGUCCAAGGCGGAGAAGCCAGCGAGCUGUUUCCCGGAUAAAACCGCACCUGCAUCCAGGGGAAGGCAGCGCCGCACGGUCCUGGGAACACGGCCACCCACAGUCAUCUGGGCUGGUUGAACGAACAAAUCGUACGUUGAAAACUGCAUUAAGAAAAGUUGUCGAAAAAUCCGGCAAACAGUGGGAUACUCAUCUCCCACUUAUACUCAUGGCUACUCGAUCCACUAUGGGAUCCGCUGGGUACUCUCCUCAUGAAGUACUCUUCGGACGACCUAUGAAGACGCCCGAGCUCUGGUGGAUCGAAGGAGGGGUGCCUCCUGACGACUUUCAACCAAAAAUCAAAGUAGCUGAGUAUUUGCAGCAAUUGUUGAAUAAUUUGUCCGACAUACAGCACACAGUAGCGCAAACACUAAACACUUUUAUCCAGAAAAUGGAUAAAAGACUCGCAGGAAAUUUUAAGAUUCAAGACUGGGAAGUCGGAAGUAAGAUCAUGUACCGACAUUUCAGUGAAAAGAGCCAUCCUUUGAGCCCGCGAUGGUUGGGUCCGUGUUAUAUCGUCAGCAAAGCUGGACCCACCGUAUAUCAGGUGGAAAUAGUCAGUAGGAAAAGGAAGAUCCUUAAAUGGUUUCAUGUGAGCCAAUUAAAAGAAUGGAAAGGAAAUUAGGAGACGAGCUAGACCAGAAGAUAGAUAGUUAGGAGGGUGCAACAUCUGCAAGAAAACAAGAUCAUUAAUAUAUAUGUAUUAUUUUGUCUUAUUUAGGAGUGGCACGUCACAAUGAGGACAUUAUUUUAUUUGUUAAGUUUAAUCCUUACCAGUGUAGUAAUAGAUAGUAAUUCUAGUCCUGUAACAACUAAGUUAAGAUCUGGCACUAUACGAAAGUUAGAAGAAGGUGACCAUGGUCUAGAAUGGGUAGACCUAGGCGGACACAUAUUUAAACAAAAGGAUGGAUCGACCAUAGGGGCAUAUCUCCAAGGGUUAACAUUCAUGCAAAAUGAACUAUGGAGAUGUCGUGCUGGUGACCGCCCUUUAGGGGAAUGGAGUAUUCCACGACCGGUGCUAAACACAUACGACACAAUGGUGCCACAACGAUUUGUCUGGACACACUUCCAAUCUAAAGAUCUGGUGUAUAACAGGGAGAUAAUAUCCGCAAAGACGUAUAAACCACUGCUUUCAAAUAGCCAGCGGUGGGAGAUUAAGUUACCAGUAUUCCGCAGUCAGUUGGUUACCAUCCAUGUAGAACAGAAUCAGGGGUAUUGUCACCUUACUAUAAGAAAUGAGCUAGAAGGAAAUAUUUUAUUAUAUUUCGUAAUGAGUAAGGAUGACACAUGGAAAAAUUCUUUUAAUAUCCCUGGGUGGUUAAACAUGACUGUGUAUACUAGCCCUCUUCGUAAAGAGUGCAGGUGGACAUUUAAUAAUCCCCACCUAUGCCUCAAUGAAUCCAUGGCACAACCAGUUUACGAAGGAGAGAGACGGUGCCUCACAAAUUGUAAGGUGCUAGUCCCUGAGUGGAAGGGAUCUACCUGGGUGUACCUGGAUGUAUUAUACCGCCCAAUCAUAAAACCUGGACGAAUAAUGUGGGUGAUCAAAUUCUAUCACGAUCAUUUUGCCACAGAAACGGCACCUGCUACGGUCGUGUCCCCUGAAAAGGUAGUACAAUCUGUGCCCAUGACAUGUGUGGAAAAUAAAUCACCACAGCGGGUGAGUUCCUUUAAAGCCUCGCCAAGUUGUAAAGGAGAUCCGCAACCCGCUAGAUAUGUCUGCACGGGCAUAUUCGUCGAUAAUAUAACUGAAUCUGGCACUUGGAAUGUGCUAGGAAUUUUCGGUGCAAAAUUCCCGGUUAAAAUCUUAGUAGCCGAAGAGCCCGAAAAACACGAAAUUGGUCCGUAUGUAGUUAAAACCAAUAUGGCUCGUCAGGUAUUAAUUGAACCUGAAUACCAUGUAAAAUGGGUACACGUACCGCUUUCAUCAAACACGGCUGAUAUAAAUAACCGAUGUGAACCUUUUGUAGAGCCGUUGGUACAAGGCUGGUAUAAGUGGUUGCAGUCGAUCACUAUCUCGAACUCACCACCACGUACCAAGAGGGAUAUUGUCGCCAAGGUUUUAGGUGGAGUUGGUGCUGGCAUGGGCGUUGCUUCAGCCAUUGAUAAUGCACGCCUAUCCAAAAGUUUAGCCAGACUGACAGCAGGUACCGAAGAUCUGGUACACCCCUUAGAAGAAUCCCUACUAGGGUUAGACAAGGUGCAGUUAAAAUUGACUGAUCUACUGCCAAAAUGGGCCAAUUCACAGGAAGAAGAUCACUUGAAAAUGUUAACCGGUAUGCAAGUGAUAAUAAACGAUACAGCGUUAGCUUUGGCUUGCAUUCAGAUGCAAAAUAUGUUGUUCGAUUUAUCACGAAGUAUCAUCCGUGAUGCAUUAGCAUUAUCUUCCUGUGGAAAUUGCCACCUUGCUAAAGAAAGUGUCAACACCUUUUGAAAGGGAGAACCUAGACCUUUGGAACG